AUGGGAGUUGUGCCUGAUCAACUGAAAAUUGCUAGGGUAAUUCCUGUCCGCAAAAAAGGUACCAGAACUCUUGUCUUCAAUCAAUGGACCAUUAUGGUGGCCUAUUACUGCCACAUAAAAUUUAAUAAACAUAUUUUAAAUAAAUAAAAAUAAAGUAAAAUGUAAAACAUAAUAAAAAUAAAACCACAAAUUAAACUAAAAGUAAAAUCAUUUUAAAACAACUUUCAAUAAUAAAAUUAAAGUAAAACGAAAAUAAAGAACAUUUUAAAUUCCAUGUAAAAGUAAAAUGAAAAUGCUCAUGGCCUAUAGCUGCCACAUAAGAUCACAUAAAAUUUAAUAAACAUAUUUUAAAUAAAUAAAAAUAAAAUAAAAUGUAAAACAUAGUAAAAUGAAAAUGUAAAAGUAAAAUACUGAUGGCCUAUAGCUGCCAUAGUAUACCGCCAUGCAUUUGGGGCAUGAGAAGUCUUCAAAUUCAAAAUGGCAUCUUGUUUUCGGACGGACGCGUGGAAAGACGAUGAAAAUCUCAAAGAAAAUUUAAAGCGAUAUGUUAAUCAGUUGUACAAACGAAAUGAGAUAUUAAGUUUUAUGGAAAAAGAUUUUUCUCAAUAUACAUGGAGUGUUCGCAUGCUAGACCGACAUCUUCGCUAUUUCGAUAUUUUUUACAACGAUAAGGACGUCGACAUUGACCAAGUGAAAGAAGCUGUAGCAGAGGAAUUGGGAGGCCCAGGGAAACUGCUUGGCUACAGAGCCAUGCAGAAAAAAAUUCGCCAAGUUCAUAAACUGGACGUGCCACGAGACCUUGUCCACACAGUCAUGUACGAUUUGGAUCCGGAAGGGCUUGAAAGUCGUGGCGUUGGUGCCAAGAAGAAAAAACCUAAAGGUCAUUUCAUCACCAAAGGAACCAACUUUGUGCAUUCCGCUAGUCGGAAAUUGCUAUGGCUCUGAAUUUGCGUCAGUAACUCUGACCCUAUGUUGAUUGGUAGGUGGUACUUUGACCACUUGUAUGAGACAAGGCGCAUAUCAGUUUUUUUGAGAAUGGAUAAAGGUACUGAGACGGGGAUAAUGGCAACAAUACACGCCUUUUUACGACGGCAUCACAAUGACAUGGAUGAUGCCAGUGAAACAAUUCUGUAUGGGCCUUCUACUUCAAAUCAAGUGAGUGUGUAAUUUAUGCUGGUUCUUGCCUUCUUGGUAUUGUGAAUCAUUCACAAAUAAAUUUAAUUCCAGAUCACUGACUUGUUCCAUUCCGAUUGCUUCCCCUUGCCUAUUGCGCACUGGUCAGUCAAUGUUCAUAUUGCACAGAAAAGUCAGUUUUCAUUUAUUGUGUUGCAACCACCACCUUGCCCUAAGCAUUGGGUAUGAGAGUUAAUUUUUACGUAAGAUAUCCAAAAAUAUCCAUACAUUACCCUAAUUUACUAACUCAAAACUCCCUUAAUUCUCCUUUUGAAAUGGACAUUAUAAAGCCACAGGAACUUAAUAUUUAGAGCAUCAUGUUAGAUAAGGGGCAUAUUACAUAUUAAGGUAUAUUUAUACAUGUAACAUUUCAACAGAUCGAAAGGUGGUGGAAAGAGCUCCAUGAGCGACUUGAGAAGUAUUUCAAGAAUCAACCACGCUGGUUAAAAGAUCAUGGCCAUUAUGUCCCUAACAGUGACAUAGAUAGGUUUGUUUUUCUAUAUCAGAGGUAUUUUGGGGCUUGGGUGGUAGCUCCCCCAAAUUUCAGGGGGGGUUUUAUUUUGGGGGGAAUUACCUUUCUAUAGUCACAAACCCAGACAUGUGUUAUUUCCCACGAUCAUUUAUUUCCCACGAUCAUUUAUUUCCAAGUGAGGGGAUAGAAAUGAUGUAUGGGUUCACCAACUGCACCUUUAAGUGAUUAAUUAACUAUUUUUACACACAAUGUUAUAUGCCUUACCACUUACCAGUUUAAUAUUAAUGAUAUUCAUAUUCCGUUUUGGAGGGGAGUGCUCCCCUCCCCCAGAAUUUAGUUAUUUUCAGAUUUGGAGAGGGGAUUCAGGAUUUUUUUUUUGGGGGGGGGAAUUCCCCCCUGUAAAGAGUAUUUUCUUUACUUAUAGGUGUUGCUAAUGUUUUUAAUUGGAAAGUAAUUAAUGUAGUGCUAUCUUACCUUAUAUUUUGUAUUAACACCAUAUAAUUUUACCUCUCAAUAGAUCAAUGAAUGGUUUAAUUAUCUGAAAUUUGAUCCGAUGUGAUAAGGUUAUGUCAUUUAUGUUCUAACAGUAUUAAUCAUUUUGAUUAAUGAUUCCAAUUAUGAUUCCAAUUAUGCAGAAAGAACUUGAUCUGUUUAAAGUGCCUAUGACAUGAAAUUUCACCCCAAAUAUUUAUGGUUGCAUCGUAAAGAUCACUUAAAAUGACUUAAUAAUUUAUUUUAUAGAAUUUUCGUAACUUGCUUCCUUUUCAAGAUAUUCAACUUUGUUUCGUAUGCAAAUAUCACCAGUGUGACAUCACAUCGCAUAAUGAGUUUUCUGAAAAGUAUAGUUUUCUUGACGAAUACGUAUCUAAAAAACUUAAAAAUUGCCCUUGUACAUGUAUUUAUUUCAUAACUGGUGAUUAACCCUCUGUAUUUAUUUUUAAAAAUAUUUUAUCAAGGUAAAAUAUUGCGUUUUCAAAAUGUCAUUAUGCGAUGUGAUGUCACACCGGUGAUAUUUGCAUAUGAAACAAAGUUAAAUAUCUUGCAAAGGAAGCAAGUUACGAAAAUUCUAUAAAAGAAAUUAUUAAGUCAUUUUAAAGGAUCUUUACAAUGCAAUCAUAAACAUUUGGGGUGAUAGGCACUUUAAAGAAACCAUAUGGAACACCCAUCGGAUUAGGGCUCAAAAGGAUACUUGCUUGCCAUGCGGCAUACCUGAUCACAUUUAUACAUUCCCUCAGGAAUAUGACAUUGAGGAAUGUGGUACAUUGUUCUAAAUUAAUAAGUUUCCUCAAAUGGUUGAAAUAAACCAUUACCAACACAAGUGAGAGUUGAACAGGUUGAUAUGAUCCUAUGUUGCCAAUUGUCAUAUGCAAAAUCAGCCAAAAGUUAUGAGUAUUUCCUUCAUUAUAUAUGGUGAUCUAAGGUGUUCCGAGGCUGGCAUUGAUUAUUUUUUCUUUCAUAGGAUUACCAGUCACAGAGGAACAGUCAGGAGUACUCGAUGUCCCUGAUGAUUUUCUCGAACCAAAUUUCCGAGCAGAAUGUCAGCGUUUAAAUCUAGAUGUUACCGACAUUGAGCCAAAAAACAUUCAAGAUUUAUCGCACUGAAGGAUAACUAUGCAUGUUGUACUGUUAGGGGAUGUACCUUAUAUAAACUAAAUAACUUCAAUACUUUUCUCUUAACACAUUCAACCUCAGAUAUAUUCCUAUACAUUUUGAUAUCUAGAACUUCUCCAAGCAAGUAUCCACAUGUCUGUCACUAUUACAAAUCAUAAUAACAGUGAACAAAUUGGCAUCAUAAAUAAAGAAGAAAGAUUUGGAGCUUUACGUUGUGAAGUUACAAGAUGCACAUGAACCUUCAGUGGUAGAGCCAGGGUUUAUUUAAACACUCAUCUGACGAGUAAACUCAUCUGGCGUUAGACAGAGUAAAAUAUUAAAGUAGGGAGCAUCUGGGCAUAUUGCCACUUAAGGUUAAAAAUAUUAAGGUCGAGGGCAAAUAAUCCCAGGAGGGGCCCAUGUAAUUUUACCCUGAGCUAAUUCGAAUAUAUUUUGUUUAUUAUGUGAAAAUCUGUUUUAACUAUAAUAUAGUACAAUAAACUUUUAGGAGGUCCAGGGGUAUACUCCUCCAGGCAAAUGCUUGAAUUCUAGCAUCUGUAAAGUGCCAUGACAACUGACUAUACUUAAUAAAUCCAAAACAUUUAAAACAUAGCAAGAUAUAAAAUUUCCAUUACAAGAAAUGAAAAUAAAUGUAUAAAAAAGCUUCUACUUUUAAAAUUACUCCAAAGGGGGCCCAAUAUUUUAUCAAGGGGGGGAGGUCACUGAAAAAAAGGGUGGCUAUUUUCAAGGUGGCAGACUCAGAAAACUGAAGAGUUGAUGAGGGGGGGGGGGUAACAAUAUGUAAAUUGCACAUGUGUUCUUUGUUAUUAAAAUAUUUUAUAUAUAUUAAUAUCAUUAAAAUGAUAUUAAGGUUACAGGACACCUUUUUUUGCUCACACAUUUGAAAAAUUAGAAAACUAUCCAUAUGGAGUCUUACUAGUAGAACUUUCAUCUGCAAAAAUUUGAAGUGAAAAUAUUAAAAACUCGCUGAAUUAUGGGGUAAAGUGCUUCAUACGCUGUAUGACUCUCAACAGAAAUGGCAGGAAACAAUGUCCAAACUAAUUAUCUUACGUAAUUAGCUUGUCGAUUUCAAUACAUCACGUGCCGAUUUAUAAGCGCCUGUGUGGCUGUUAUGCACAUUUUUUAUGUUGUUUAGGAACACGUUAUACUGUGAUUUUUAUGUGGUUAUGCCGUUAAAUUUAUCCAAAGUUAGUAAGAAAAAUUCAAACCCCUUUUUGUACUAAAAGAAAGUCGAAAAAAAAGCCCGCAGCGAAUUUGUCAGACGAAAAUAAGAGAUAUUUAGCAGCUACAGACAAAGGUUCUUACUUUGAUCAGGACAAACAAUGGCCAGAAUUGCUCAGUAAAAAUAUUAACAACAAUAAUCCGAAUUUAUCAAGCUCCAUAUCUAGAAGCAGAAAAAAGCUAGAGACCGGGAAGGAAAGUUUUCUUAAACGUAAAGCGGACGAACUUGUAUCGUCAAAGACAGAGAGCGACGUCGAGUCGUACAAUUCAGAGGAUGUGAGUGAUGACAGUGGCAGUGAACCUGCAGUCGAAAGCCAAACAUCGCAGUAUGAAUUACCUAAAAAUGGAAAUUUUGUUGUUAGCGUUGCUUGCCUGCAACAAAUGCUUGAAAACGCUGCAGUAUGCAAGGAUUGUCAUAGCCCUUUGGUACUUUUAGAAAAGACAUGUUCAAGACAAGGAUUAGCUGCAAUGUGGUUGUAUAAUUGUACAAACAAUGCUUGUACAUCGCAUCUAUCACGAUUUCCAACACCAACAUCAGAACGGACAGGACAUAAGUACAACAUAAAUAGUAGUAUUACCCCCCCCAUAUGGGCCCACCCGCAGAGCCGGGCGGGCCCAUAUGGUGGGGAAAAGGCGGGAAAAAUUGCCUGAGUGGAAACUCCCUAAAAUCAGGUGGAGCUAGAGAAACAAGAGGAGGUGUAUAAUAUGAAGUAGUAGAGCUCCGCUCAAUAGGACAACCUCCAUCCCCAAUACCCACCACCUUAUAGAGCCAUUACUUAAAUAGAGAUAAGUAUGACGUCACAAGUACGUACAGAUGACGUCAUGAGAAAAGCUAGAGAAACAAGAAGAGGUGUGACGAAUUUUAGGGAGGUUGUUUUAUGACGUACAUUUUUCCCCCCGUUUUUUAUAGGUCCGGAAGUGACGUCAUGCGUACGUAUAAGGUAUAAAGGAUUGAUAUUUUGAUUUGUCACACAAUCGACGGGAAAGGUGACAACUAGAUCGCAAAACCAAAUUUUUAAUUUCACCCUGCUUUUUAGCGGGUGGUAUAAAAUUUUUAAAAAAUGUGUGAGCGUCCUGAAAAUUGGUCUGGUGAAACAGGUCAAGAACAGCAACAACUAUUUGAAUAUAUAUUAACAUACAUUAUACAAAGUGAUCUACAGCGUAAACACGGUGACCACAUCAUUGAAGAAGAAACAUGGGUUAGAGAUGCGAGUGAAACUAUGCUAGAAUACGCGCAAUUUUACGCUGCAGAUGCUUAUGUUGAUAUAUUAAUAAUUUAUCAAAUAAACGAUAUAAAAUGGGAUGAAGAUACAAUGUUUGAUUCGAAACGUUUUCAAGACAAAGAUUUACUUCAAAAAUUAUACAGGAUAUAUAAAGAAUACUAUUAUUGCGACUCGAAACAAUUCGAAAAUGUGUAUCGCUAUAUCGAUUCAAACAUAUUAGCCGAUAGACCAUAGGUCCGGAAGUGACGUUAUGCGUACGUACGGGAGUGAUGUCAUGCGUACGUACGUGUGUGAUGAAAAUAAAAGAGGGGGAGAAAGGAAAUACGGGUAAGAUGGAAAGAGUAGUGUUAGCGUAUAGAGUUAUAGAUACUAUAUAUGAAUACCUGAAAGUAACGGGAGGAGAUAAGAAAGGAAUAGAAUUGGUAAACAGCAAGGGGAAAAUAAUACUUAUUUUUAUUGAAGAGGGAAUAAGUAUUACAAUACAUUGCAUUGAAGAGAAGGUAGAGAACAUAUGAUUUAAGCAUUUUACCCCGUAUAGCGGUCACAUCAUGUGGUAAAUGUGUAAAGGGUUGAUUUUUUUUAUAUUUUAGAUUAAGAAUGGCAUGUUCUAGUGAUGAGAAUAUCAUUGAAAAAUAUGUGGACGUGGACUGUCCGUGUGUUAGUGAGCAUUGUCGGCACUGUAGGGUUUGCGAUAUGAGUAUAACAUCACGUAAUUUCAAGCAGCGUUUUUGCCAGGUGUGUCGAAUUGGAAUGUAUAAUGAUAGUCGCGUAGCCAAGAGCAUGGAGUUUGCGGAAAAGAAGGCUGCGGGGGGAAAUCAGAUUAUGGCAACGGGUCGAGUUUUUUUUACAAACCCGUUAUCAUAUGAGUAUGUACAUGUGGAUACGUGCGAGGUAUUUACGUCGCAUCACGAUAAUGUUGAGGCUGCUGCUGCGGAAUGGUUGAAGAGGGCGGUGUCUGCGUUGCCUACGAUACCUGUGAUAAAUAUAGAGGAUUGA